UCCAAUAUUAAUAUUGUCAUAUUGUGUGGAAAAGACUCAAACCACCCUUUCCCUGUCUCUGUUCAGUUGAGCACUCCGCGGCUGCUCCCCUUGCCGGGUGUGGGGAGGGUGCAGCAGGCUGCCUGUGGAGGGACUCAGGUUGCAGUGUUGAACGAGAGUGGGCAGGUGUUUGUGUGGGGCUAUGGAAUUCUGGGGAAGGGGCCCAACCUAUCCGAGUCCAGGACCCCUGAGAUGAUCCCACCCACUUUGCUGGGCUGCUCAGAGUUUAACCCCAACAUUGCCGUGACGCAGAUCCGCUGUGGGCUAAACCACUUUGCAGCCAUAACAGAUGGCGGUGAACUCUUUGUAUGGGGGAAGAAUAUCCGAGGGUGUCUAGGCAUUGGCAAGACCGAUGAUCAGUAUUUCCCAUGGCGGGUGACAGUGCCGGGGGAGGUGGUGGAUGUGGCCUGUGGAGUGGAUCACAUGGUAGCUCUGGUCAAAUCCCUGGUCUGAGUGCCCAGUACAGGCUUGCGCCUGACCCUGCUCCAGCGCCAGCAUGCACUGAGAGGGGAGACCAGCUUCAGCUUCCCUCAGCUCUUGCCCUGUUCCUGAUUGCUGCUUUAACAGACAGGCAGGAAUUCAAUCCCAGAAGAACAUGUUUCAUCAUCCAUACUAUUAAACAGUCCACAGUGCUGAAUUGAGAUCAACUGAAAGAAAUUGUAUGAAUUCACAGUGACAGGUGUUAAGAUGUUAAGUCUUCAAUGCUGAAAUGUUUAGCAUUGAAUUGAAGUUUCUUUUUGUGGUCCCAAAAUGUUUUACAAAUACAGCAAAACCUUGAUAAA